ACGCUCCGCGCAGGCGCACUCGGGCGGCGGCCGCUGCUCGGGGCUGUGUUUAGCGCCCGGGUCACCCGCAGCUCAGCUUCAGUGCUUCCAAAUAAAGGUUGAAGAUGGGAGGUGCAGUGAGUGCAGGAGAAGAUAAUGAUGAAUUAAUUGAUAACCUGAAGGAAGCACAAUACAUCCGGACAGAACUGGUGGAACAGGCGUUCCGAGCCAUCGAUCGAGCAGAUUACUACCUGGAAGAGUUCAAAGACAAUGCCUACAAGGACUUGGCAUGGAAGCAUGGAAAUAUUCAUCUCUCAGCACCAUGCAUUUACUCUGAGGUGAUGGAAGCUUUGGAUCUGCAACCAGGGCUGUCAUUUUUGAAUCUGGGCAGUGGCACUGGUUAUCUGAGUUCUAUGGUUGGACUCAUCUUGGGUCCCUUUGGGGUUAACCAUGGUGUGGAGCUCCAUUCUGAUGUGAUUGAGUAUGCAAAGCAGAAAUUGGACUUCUUCAUUAAAACAAGUGACAGCUUUGACAAAUUUGAGUUUUGUGAGCCAUCUUUUGUUACUGGCAAUUGUUUAGAGAUCUCUCCAGACUGCACUCAGUAUGACCGUGUUUACUGUGGGGCUGGAGUCCAGAAGGAACAUGAAGAUUACAUGAAGAACCUGUUGAAAGUUGGGGGAAUUCUUGUCAUGCCUCUAGAAGAGAAGCUGACCAAGAUAACUCGUACUGGUCCUUCUGCCUGGGAGACCAAGAAGAUUCUGGCUGUUUCUUUUGCUCCUUUGAUCCAGCCCAACCAUGCAGAUUCAGGAAAAUCAAGGCUUGUUCACCUCCCCCCCGUGGCUGUUCGCAGCCUCCAGGACCUGGCUCGCAUCGCCAUCCGAGGAACCAUUAAGAAAAUCAUCCACCAGGAAACCCUCAGCAAAAAUGGGAACGGGCUGAAGAACCCCCCCAAAUUCAAACGGAGGCGCGUGAGGCGCCGGCGCAUGGAGACCAUUGUGUUCUUGGACAAAGAGGUCUUUGCCAGUCGGAUCUCCAACCCCUCAGAUGACAACAACAACAACAACACCACCACCAGCGAGGACCUGGAGGAGGAGAGGCAGGAAGAGGAAGAAAAAAACCCCCCUGAACUCAAGCCUGACCCCCCCGUAAACUUUCUGAGAGAAAAGGUCUUGCGUCUGCCUUUGCCUGAUCCCUUGAAAUAUUACCUGCUUUAUUACAGGGAAAAAUAGUUCCCUGCUUCUAGGAAAUGGGGGAAGUAGGCAGAAAAUAAAGUACUGCUUAGGGCUUGACAAAUGUAUACCACUUGCUUGCCUGCUAGUGUGACCACUCGAGGCAGUAGGCUAGCUGGGGAAUGUGGCUGCUGUAUACUAAAACAUUCUAGCUUUUAAUUUUAUUUUUUUCUUUUUAAAAAGUUGUUUCUUCUCAGUUGUGUGCUCUACUUUUAUCCUACAGCAGGGAUUCCGUAGGAAGCAAGUUGGUGAAAUGCUCAGCUGCUUAUGGAGAGGAGGAUUUAAUUCCCUGUAACUAACUGCUCAGAGAUACUCUCCAAAUCUCCUGGCUGCUCUGCCAAGGUGCAGUUUUUAAAUACUCUUAAGCAGUUCCUCAAAGGCCUUUGUUGUCUGUGCUCUCUCCCACUCAGCCUGCCACGUGUUUACCAAGGUGUGUGUGUAAAGGAGGAGGAAGGUGAUCAGUACAAACUGACCUGGCAAACCUUGUUUCUUCCAGUACUCUGAAAAAGCACAACUUCUACAGACAUGAAGGGGGAAUUUUUUUGCAUUACUGUUGCAGCAUCCAGGUUUUGAGUGAGAAGGAAAGCAUCAGCUCCCCUUUGGUUGCUCUCAGUUUGGCUUAUAAGCUUGGUGUAGUUUUUUUAGCAGAAGGUGAAAAUACUUUACAGAAUAGUGAGUUAUUUUAGUGGGAAACACCUUGUGAAUUAGUCUGCUAGAGAUGCAAAGUUGGGGAUUUUCUGGGCUUUUUCUUUUAUUUAAAAAAAAAAAGCAGUGGGAGGCAGGUGGGGAGUUGCAAAGCUGAUGAGCUGUGAGGAUGCUCAGGUGGUCAGGGUUGGGACUGUUGUCUCUGGAAGUGUUGGCAGAGUCAUCCUGAGUGGGGAAGGGGGUGGAGAGGAGAUGCAGAGCAGUGAGUUUGUGAAAACUGAGUGUGAAAGCAGAAUCUGUGGGGUUUUGGCUGUUGUGUCUGCUGGGCUGAGCAGAGCAGUGCCCUGAGCAGAGAAGCACAGCAGCCAAACGUUUUGUGGGUGUGUAAACCUAAAAAGAGUCUAGAAAGCCACUUUGAUGCAGUUCUGAGGUGUUCCUCUGUGUGUGCCCCUGCUGUGGCUCAAACACAACUUGUGUGCACACAUUCAGACGUGGUGGAAGGAGGCUGAGUGACUCAGCAGGUUGGUUUAUUCCUGCAAAAGGUUAAGUAGAUGUUUUAAUAAGCUUGGAUAGGACUCCCCAGUCUGGAGUUCUGUGGAUCUGAACUACCGUGGUUUUUAUUCCCAAGUCUUCCUGUAACAGUGAGGGAAGGAGAUACCAUGUUUAGAAGGGGAAGUUUGAUUUAUUUGGUUCAGCCUGUUUGGAAGAAUCUCCCUAAACUGGUAAAGGCUGGAAAGAAACCCUUGAGCUUGUAUUGAUGUCACUACUAAAGCAGGGGGGUGAAAAACCCCCUCCUGUGUUAUGUUGUCCUAUCAGAAGCUCUGACAUUGGUACCACUUGGAUUAUCUUUGGGUUUUGGGUUUUUUUUUUUAAUGUCUCCUCAUUUUCUGAGGAAGGCUGAAGACUGUCUUGCCAAAAAUCCUCUGGUUUUCAGGGAAUGGUACCGAGCUGCACAACUUGCUUGCUUGUAAACAGUGUUUCAAAGUUUUUGUGGGGCUUUGGAACUAAACAAAGAACUCUUUGUAACAUCAGAGCCUGAGAUGGAGAGCUCAGCCUUGCUUCCGAGGCUUUUGGUUUAUCUUGGAGAAUAUUCCCUGAUAAUCCAGGUGGCUGCUGGCACAGGGUACAGUGGGUGGCUGUAUUUUGCCUCUGGUUUCCUAAAUUUCUUCUGGUCUCAGUGCUGCCCUGAGCUACUUUGCUCCCUCAGGCUUUUAUUGCUUUAUUUUUAAAUAUGGGGCAUUUCUGCAGCCACUGAGAUGAUGGUUCCCUGGAAAGGUACAACUGCCCAGCUUGUCAUUCUGGCAACUACAAUGAAUUUCUGUCUACAGCAGAAAAUCCUGAAUAUGAUGGUAAAUAGGAGCUUAAUAGAACUUCCAUAUACUUCUCUGUGCUGUCACUUCUGUAUUUGUCUGGGAUUUCUGCUUAACAGCUGUUCCACCAGGUUUGUGCCUUUCUUACUCAUGGCACAGUUUCCCUACAGAGUAGAGGGUGCCUCGUGCUUUUGGUUACCAGGUCAUCCUUCAGUUUGUUAAUUGCAAAGAAAUUCUUUUAAAGAAAUUGCUUUAAAAAUGAUAUUGAACAUCAGGUUCCUGUUAGCAAACCUUGUUCUAUUAAAGCUGACCAGUUGAGAGAGAAUUCUCUUUGAUUUAUCUGUGUUGCAUUUUACCCCCAGUUGGAAAAAAUUUUAGAUUUUUUUUUUUUUUUUUUUUCACCAGGUUUGCCUUUUUAUCCCAUUUGUUAGAUUAUUGUAAGUGAUACUGCAAGUUUUCCUGGAUAUGGUUAAAUAAAUAAAUAUAUUCACAGGAAAUUAACGUUCUAGGUUGUCAGAUUGUCCCCUCCUCUGAAAAACAAACAAGAAAACAAGAAAACCACAGAUCCAAACAAACCAAUAGUAGAAAUGUUAUGUGUAAUAUAAUUGUGAAACUGUAUUGCUUCUAGCCUGGAAAGGAAGGGGAGGUGUAAAUCCAUUUUCCCUGUGCACAGAGACUUGCACUGUAGUUUUGUAUUCAUUUAUCAGAGUCACUGCAGCAUAACUGGGUUUGUGUAGUCUGUGAGCUCUCCAGGAAUUAAUUCUACCUGCUCUGUUUCCUUUUGGGUUCUCAGUAAUCUUUGUGAGUCCUUUUGGGUUUCCAUUCUGCAGUAAAGUGGCAAAAAAGAAGUGAGCUUUGAGCUGCUUUCAUCAUCAGUGUGUAAGCUGGCAAAAUCUCUGUAGAGACUGGAGUUAAAUUGGCCAGAGGCAUGCAGAAGUGUUACACAUUUCAAACUUUAUUAAAAACUUUAUCAAUAAAUUCAUUAAAGACUUUUUUUUUUUAGCCUUCUUAACGUGGCUUGUGCAUCAUGUUGUGGUUGGAACACUUGGGAGGUAAGUUCUUAUUUCCAUAAUUGAAGGUUAAGGCACUAGAAAAAAAAAAAAAAAAGCUUUUAAUAACGUGGUGCUGGGCUGCAGCUUUAGAGGAACUCAGAAUAUUUCUCUCUCCAAGGAAACCUGCCCAGGUUUUUAAAAUGUAAAGGAGUUGUGCAAGCUGUGUUUUGGGGUGAGCAGAGCCAGCACUGGUGUGGUUUGAGAGGUCAGGGUGGUUAAAGAGCAACUUCACUUACCUGGCUGUGGACACCAGAGAUGAGGAGGCUGUUGGGUCCAUUUCUGUGCUUCAAGGAAUUGCCUUAAUUAAACAUGUCAAGGGCUUGUUAAAUGCCUCCUGACCUGCAGCUCCCUUUCUGUCUCCAGUGCUUCAUUCCUGCAGGUUUUUGUUGAGGCUUUUUAUUUCCAGGGGAUUGAGAAGAAUAUUUUGGCUUUAGCUCGAGUAGGAAACUGUUCAUAAUGCCAACUACAGCUGCUGCUAAUUAACUCUAUCUGUUAACCUCUGUUCUGCAGGAUAAUUACCUCUGGUCUGUGUUUCUUCCUGUCCUUUCACCAGCUAUAACAGGAGUGGUUCAGUGUUCAAGUUUUCCUUCAUGU